AUGGAUUUUGCUAAUAGGCCUUCGGAAGCUCUACCGCGAAGACCAACCCGAGGUCCCCUCGAUGCCUCCGAUCCUACAUCAAAUCCCCUAACCUCACCGACGACCCUAGCUCAGCAAUCAUCAUCUCGCCUUUCACCAACGCCAUCGAGAUAUCACACACCACGGCUUCCCUCGCCGGGACCCGGAUCCAAUCUCUCGGCAAUCUCGACCCAACCCUCUUUCAAAACAGCUCAAUCCUCAAUCCCGGCAACUCAAAAAGACUUCUCCUAUCUCCUACGCCCUGAAAUCUACCAUCCUCUGACUCUCAUUGAUGUCCCGCCACCUUUCAGGAACGCGGCCUCGCAACCUGACCAUUCAACACCGCUUGAAGCACUUCUUGCCUCGGGUCAUUUCAGAAGUGCAGCUAUCAAAGCAGCACAAAAGUUGACCUCUCAAACGAUAUCGCCAGUCGCGCAUGAAGAAAUUUUCUCACUACUCUACACCCGUCUCUCUUGCCUAACGCUAUGCAACCAAACCCCGCUUGCCGCUCAAGAGGUGAAAGUCCUUGAGGACUUGAAUUCCUCCUACUACCGCGAUGAUCUGACAGGUACUCAUCUCGUACCGUGGCAUCUCCGCGUCCUAGCGGUCAGACUUCAAGGCAUGGGUUACGCGGAUGCUCGAAGAGGUGUGAUGGGCUACUAUGACCUCGCUAGAGAAGCACGUAUCACAUUAGGAACACUAAAGAAGAACUUGAACACCCUAACAUCAGAUGACGAAGUUGAGAAGAGGGAACUCACUGCCGAAAUCACCAUCUGGGAAGAGCGUCUCGAUAAUCUCGGGGUACGAGUCGCAAGCGCUCUUAUAGAGAUGGAAGACCUAGAGGGAGCUGCUCGACAUCUUAAGACUUUAGAGCCAAACCCCGGGGCGGACGGCUCUCUCCGUCUUGAAGCCCAAAAAGCACUUCUGUAUCUCUGUCUAGGAGACGUCGACGCCGCUCGAGCCUGUAUCUCAUCCGCAUCAGAAACCACUCCUCUCGCCAACGAAACCAAAGUAAUCCAAGCACUAGCCGAGAUCGCAGACGCGGAGUACGGCGCGAGCGCUGUUAUCUGGGAGUGUCUUAUCGCCGGUGAUGAAGAUGGACAAUCCGCUGUGGAUGAGGGCGAAACCGCCAUGUAUCGUCAGAAUCUAGCAGUCUGCUAUCUUUAUCUGGGGAGAAUGGAUGAUGCACGAUUCCAGCUAGAAUAUUUGCUCUCACCGACAGAGCCAUCUCAUAGCCCGGCUACGUUCCAUGCUUUGACGUUCAAUCUAUCUACUAUCUAUGAGUUAUGUACGGAAAGGAGUCGAGUGUUAAAGAUUGGUUUGGCUGAGAAGGUUGCUGAGAUUUUGGCGCAGGAGAGGGAGAGGGGUGGUGGGGGCGGGGAGAAGGUCAAUGGUGAUUUCAAACUGUAG